AUUUCCUUGACAUGUAGUUGCCGUGAACAGAUGCAGUCGUUCGCGCGGAUCUCAGUUUUCCCUUUCGAUGGCCGUACGGCGGAAUGGAGUUGUGCUGUUAACCGCCCUCAUCUUCCUCCCGUUCUUCUGGUUCAUGCUCUCAUCUCGGCCAGCUCCUGAAGAUGCCGACCUGGGACCAGCGUUGGACAGAGCUUCGGGAGCGGCUGAGUUUUGCAGAGCUGCAGACCCAGCGGCGCUCCAGGGAGCUGCAGGCACUGCGGGAGGAGAUCAAGGCUGCGUUAUCCGAGCAGCAGCAGAACAGCCAUCGACCUGAGGGCAACAACAAUGCCGGCGCUAGUAAAACAGGGAAACAACUGUCAGAGGAGACGAAGAGGAAGCUGCGCAGCUUGGUGGGAGGGGGGGACCUCCAGCUGCCCAGCAUCUACAACUACAUGCCGCACCUGCGGGACAAACCAGACGCCCUGCAGCCUGCCUUCCACCUGGGGCAGGGCAGAACAGGAGUGUCCUUUGUUCUGGGCAUCCCCACGAUAAAGCGUGAGAAGGAGUCCUACCUGAUGCAGAGCCUGGCCUCCAUCUUAGACGGUUUGUCUGACGAAGAAAAAGAUGACUGUGUCAUCGUACUAUUCAUCGGGGAGACUGAACAAGAAUAUGUAAAUAGAAUUGCUGAGAUGGUCAAAGAAAGCUACAAGGCUCCUAUUGAGUCAGGGUUGUUGGAGAUCAUCUCCCCACCAGCUGGUUUCUACCCAGACCUGGACUCCCUCAAAGAGACCUUCGGAGACCCCAAAGAAAGAGUCAAGUGGAGGACGAAGCAGAACUUGGAUUUCUCUUUCCUAAUGAUGUACUGUCAACCAAAAGGGCAGUUCUAUGUCCAGUUGGAAGAUGACGUCAUCGGCAAGCCAGGCUACAUAUCAACCAUGAAAAACUUUGCUUUGCAACAGAAAACUGAAGAGUGGAUGAUACUGGAGUUCUCACAACUUGGCUUUAUCGGUAAACUGUUCAAGUCCUCCGACCUGAGUUUGGUUGUCGAGUUCUUCCUCAUGUUCCAUAAAGACAAGCCCAUUGACUGGCUGCUGGACCACAUAUUUUUUGUAAAAGCCUGCCAUCCAGAAAAAGAUAAUAAACACUGUGAUAGAAUGAAAAGUGCGCUAAGGGUACGCUUCAAGCCCUCACUAUUCCAGCACAUAGGGACAUUUUCUUCAUUAAAGGGAAAAAUACAAAAGCUAAAAGAUAAAGACUUUGGGAAGCAGCCCCUCCACAGAGCACACACCAACCCCCCAGCAGAUGUGUCCACAACGCUGGAGGUCUACCAGAAGUACACCUUAGAGAAGUGCUACAUGGGAGAGAACUUCUUCUGGGGGCUUACACCAACCAAGGGGGACACCAUUGUGUUCUCCUUCCACAGUCCCAUAGCCAUAGAAAAAUACAAGUUUUCCAGCGGUAACACAGAACACCCUGGGGACAAGCUCAUCAACACAACGGUCGAUGUUCUACCAGAAAAUCACGAGCAGAAAGAGGGCGGAAUCUUACAGGACAACAAAGAAGACAACACAAAAACUGGGAUGAUUAGAUUAGAUGAUGGAUUCGUACAGAUUGGCCAGUUCAAUGCGGCAGGAGUAGCGGAGGGGGAGCCUGACAGAAGUAUCGGCAGAGUGAGGCAGCUCAGACUGAGGUGUCUGUCCGAUGGGAAGGCCUGGGUCAUCCUCAGUGAGGUCAGCAACUUCUUAGUACUUAGGCCACACCAAUUUAAUAUGUCACAGUUUACCUUGUCUUAG